GUAAAGGUAAGACCUCCGACAAGCAUACCAGCUAUAAAACAAGUGAAAUUAGAUAAGCCGAGUGAUCGAUCGGGACUGGCCAGACGAGGAAGACUGUGGUGCAGGCCAUCCCUAACAGGAAAUAACUGCAAGAGAACUUGGCUGAGCUGCAGCUUUGGUAACCUAUUUAAGCAGAGAAUGCCUAUGACUUGUGUAGCUUAUGGCUGCAAUAAUCAUUUUGUCAAAGGAACUGGGAAACAAUUUUUCAGGUUUCCAAUGAAAGAUCCUGAACGCUUGUCCAAAUGGGUUGUAGCAAUUCGUCGCAAAAACUGGAAACCAUCUGCCUCCAGUAGAAUCUGCAGUGAUCAUUUUACUGACAACGACUACAUGUUACGUCCAGGAGCAAUGGUUCCACGCCUUCGUCUAGAUGCAGUGCCUUCUAUUUUUGAUGGAUUUCCAAAACAUUUGAAAGAGCGGCUGGAAGAGAAGAGAAAAGUGAAAGAGAAGCAAUCAGUUGUCACGGCAGAAGAAAGUGAGCCUUGCUCCUCCUAUCAAAAUUCUUUAAGCAUUACAUCGACUCCAGUACAGGUGUCCUCACAGCCAAAAGCACCUGGAGCAGAAGUACAUCGGAGUCCAGGAGAGGAGAGAGCCACAGAUCACAAGGUGAUGCAUAGUGAAGCAAAGAAGAGCAAGAUAAAGACGUGUGUGGUGUAUGGCUGUAAUAACACCUCUUCUAAAGGAUGUAAGCAACAGUUUUUCAGGUUGCCGGUGGAAGAUCCUGAUCGCUUGUCCAAGUGGGUUGAAGCAAUUCAGCAUCAAAACUGGGAACCUUCUGCAUCCAGCAGAAUCUGCAGUGAUCAUUUUAUUGACCAGGAUUACGUGUUACAUCCAGAUUCAUUACGUCGUCUUUUAAGAGCAGAUGCUGUGCCUUCAGCUUUCAGUGGAAUAUCUAAGCGGAUACAAGUAAUGAGUAUUGAGCUGCAGAGCGUGAAUCAGAUAGAGCAUUCAGAGAAGAGUUCAACUGAUCAGCAAUCAGUCAACCCAGUAGUGGCUCAACCCCUUGUAGAAACCACUGGAGCCAAACUACAUGGGAUCCAUAAAAAUAACAGUUCUACAGAGAUAAAGCAACAGGUGAAACAUGGUCCUGUGGAGAAGAGUCACGUCAUGACCUGCGUGGUGUAUGGCUGUAAUAGUAUUUUUACUAAAGAAAGUGGGAAACGAUUUUACAGGUUUCCUAUGAAAAAUCCUGAACGCCUGUCCAAAUGGGUUCAAGCAGUCCAGCGUACCGAGUGGCAGCCAUCCUCAGCCAGCAGAGUCUGCAGUGAUCAUUUUAAAGACAAGGAUUACAUCCUGCGACCAGGGUCUCCUCGUCUACGUCCAAAUGCCGUGCCUUCUGUUAUCAUAGCAAGAAAGAGAAUUAGAAGAAAAAACAUUAGUCUAAAAGAUACAGACCGAGCCCUGGAACACUACAACUCUAUGGAGGUUCUGGGAGGAGACCAAGGGACAGAUAUAACUGUUGACCACACUUAUUCAACAGUGCACAAUGCAGUGGACAGUCAUCAUUUCAAUCCUGACGCUCUUACACUUAAAAAGAAAGUGAGAACUUUGCAACGUCAAAUACAAAGGCAGAGGCACACUAUUAAAAAGUUAUCUGAAAAAAUUGUACACUUAAAAAAUAUAACCGACCUGGACUCGGUUUCAUCAACAGCAGCACCGUGAUAUGAGGAGUUAUGAUGUCGUCCCAUAUAUUUUAUUUAUAGCAGGAUACAGCUAAAAAUUGAGGUAGGGAUUGAUUGGUCACAAAGCAGUUUCUUAAACUAUUCAGGGUGACCGCUAUUGGUCAUUGCUAAGAAAGUCUCAGUCGGCCAGAUUAGCAUCAACAAUUCAAAACUUAGCAAUACUAAUAAACCUUAUGAAAUGA